CAAAGGGAUUUAAGCCCAAGGGGUGAGCGCAGAUGCUGCUGGGGCUGCCUGAGGCUCACUUUGCAGCUGGAGAAAUUUUCCUAAAGGAUUGCCAGGAUGCCGUGUUGGGGCCGCCUGCUUUCCACCUGGAUGCUGCUCUUCCGCAGGAAGACCCCGGGCAGCUCAGUGCCCUCCAGCCUCCGCCGCUGCCUUUCCCCCUCUGACCUGGUUGCACUGGGAGUGGGCAGCACGCUGGGAGCUGGUGUUUAUGUGCUGGUGGGGGAUGUGGCCAAGACCACCUCCGGCCCCAGUAUCAUUAUUUCUUUCCUGAUUGCAGCCAUUGUGUCCAUUUUAUCUGGGUUGUGCUAUGCCGAAUUCGGGGCGCGCGUGCCCAUGGCCGGCUCUGCUUAUCUCUACUGCUAUGUGACAGUGGGCGAGCUGUGGGCGUUCAUUGCUGGGUGGAAUCUGCUGCUGUCCUAUGUCAUCGGUACGGCCAGCGUUGCUCGAGCCUGGAGUGCUACCUUUGAUGAGCUCCUUGGCAAGAGGAUGGGGAGGUUUUUGGAUGCCCAUGCCCCCAUCCACUCAGCAGGGCUGGCGGAGCAUCCCGAUGUCCUUGCUGCAUGCCUGGUAAUGCUGCUGGCAGGGCUGCUUUCCUUUGGAGUGAAGGAGUCCACCACAAUCAACAAAGCUUUCACUGCCCUCAAUGUGCUCGUCCUGCUCUUCAUCACAGCCAGUGGCUUCAUCAAGGGUGACCUGAGCAACUGGCAGCUGCGAGAAGAGGAUCUGCUCUGGGCAGCCCAUGGAGCUGGGAACCAGUCCAUGGCUGACAACAAAACUGGUGUCUUUGGGGUGGGAGGCUUCAUGCCAUAUGGUUUCACUGGCACCUUGGCUGGAGCUGCAACCUGUUUCUAUGCUUUUGUUGGGUUUGACUGCAUUGCUACCACAGGGGAAGAAGUGAGGGACCCACAGAGAUCCAUCCCCAUGGGCAUCGUCCUUUCCCUCCUCAUCUGCUUCCUGGCAUACUUUGGAGUAUCUGCUGCCCUCACCUUGAUGAUGCCCUACCACCUCCUGGACACCACCAGCCCCUUCCCAGUGGCUUUUGACUAUGUUGGCUGGGGCAGUGCAAAGCACGCUGUGGCUGUGGGGUCCUUGUGUGCCCUCAUCACCAGCCUCCUGGGCUCCAUGUUCCCCAUGCCAAGGAUCCUGUAUGCCAUGGCUCGAGAUGGGCUCCUCUUCAGUCCUCUGGCCAAAGUCAGCCACCGUCAGUGCCCGGUGGUGGCCACACUGGUGUCUGGAGCAGUGGCAGCUCUCCUGGCUCUCCUCCUUGACCUGAAGGCUCUGGUGGACACCAUGUCCCUCGGCACGCUGCUGUCCUACUCACUGGUGGCUGGCUGUGUGCUUCUGCUCAGGUACCGCCCUGAGCCCUGCACCCAGGAUGCUCCCGUGAGGAAGGUCCCGGUGGCACAGUCCUGGUGGCAGGCUGUGCUGAGGCCACCCCCCCAUCCCACCCCGCAUUCCUACACCGUGGUGUCCUGGGCUCUGCUGGCCAUCGGUACACGUGGGGGCUAUGGAGAGCUGGUGUGGGCGGACCCGUGGGGACAUGGCGGGGUGGGCUGGAUCACGCCCUGCCGCACAUGCUGAGCUCCCUCCUGCCCUCUCCUGGAGCCUCUCUCUCUUUCUGCUUUCC